UAACCGGGACAUGAGGUAGCACUUCGUCAGUCAAAAGUUUCCACUAACUCAGUAAUGUGCGGAAAAUACUCAUAAUCAGAGCUAAAAAGAUGAAGAUUACAGCAGUAAUUUGUGUAACAGUUGUUACCCUUAUUGGGUUGCUGGCCUUACUAUAUCACACUCCGAUGAACCAAACGAGCAGCAAAUCGAUAUUUCCUCAGAAACCUCAACCCCACGGCAAGUGUCCAAGUGCAGAACCCGGGCAUAUUCCAAGUGCAGAAGAAAUGGCACCAAUGUCAAGGGAUUCGCUUCAAGAUAUCUUCCACAAUUACGGAAGUAACUCCGAGGUUGUCUGUCAGAAGAUGUUAAGGAUGGGCCUGGUCGGGGACGGGGGCUGGGAGGUGUGCGAUGACCCCCACGUCAGGCCGCCUCAAAACAACUGUCUUGUGUAUUCCUUUGGUAUAAACAAUGACUUCAGCUUUGAUGACAUGGUGGCUUUACAUUAUGGCUGCGAAGUCCAUUCCUUUGAUCCCAGCAUGAAAAUGAAGACUUCUCGCCGAAAUGCAAACGUCAUGUUUCACCACCUGGGGGUUUCCGGAAUGAACGGUCAGAUAAAAGGGAAAUGGCCUGUGAACACAUUAUCGAAGAUUCGCCAGGAUUUGGGACAUUCUCAAAGACGCAUUGAUGUAUUGAAGAUGGAUAUUGAAAGCAGUGAAUGGCCCACAUUGAAAACAGCUUUGGAGGAAGGAGCUUUUGAAAACAUAAACCAGGUCCUUUUGGAGAUGCACGGUGUUCUGAAAGAUUCAAAGUCGGAAUUGUUAGACCGGCUAAAUUAUUUGAGAGCAUUAAGACUACUUGGUUACAGAAUAUUUUACGCUCAUAAAAACAGUGGAUGUAUUCCCAAAAAGAAAAACAUCGCGAGCGGGUUAUCUCCAGGAUCCCCAAUUAAGGUUAACUGUUAUGAGGUUCACAUGAUCAAAAUAGCCUCUUGUGCCAAGUAAACUUGUGAGUAUCAUUAAGCGAGGAAGCCCAAAAUUAAAAUAUAACAUGAAAAGAUUUAUUUAUUUGAUUGGUGUUUUACGCCGUUCUCAAGAAUAUUUCACAAAUACGGCGGUGGCCAGCAUUAUGGUGGGUGGAAACCGAGCAGAGCCCGGGGGAAACCCACGACCAUCCGCAGGUUGCUGGCAGACCUUCCCACAUACGGCCGGAGAGUAAGCCAGCAUGCGCUGGACUUAAACUCACAUCGACCACAUUGGUGAGGUGCUCCUGGGUCAUUACGCUGCGCUAGCGCGCUAACCGACUGAGCCACGGAGACCCCAACAUGAAUAGACAAUAAAUUGACACUAAAGGUAACUCACAUUUUGUGAUUAACCAAGAGAUUCAACGUGGAGAACAUUCGUGCAGAACAGUAUAAUUAGUACAGUGAUCAGUGACCGGAACCGGAAGAAUCUACUCACCUCGAUCGACCAACCAGUUAUACUGAACAACAGGCAGUUUUAAUAAAUACAUCAAGUAUUAAAUCGCCGGUAUUAGACGGAUAGCCAGUUCUUCUGGACUGAUUUAUUGUACAUUCUUUAACGAAUUCUUAACAUGAGAGAAGGGAGAACGACCUAAAUCUUAGCGUUACCUGCCUAUAAAGCGUGGUAAACCCUAGACCCUAAACUGCUAGACCCAAUUAUUAGUAACAAACGGGGAUUAGUGUCCAACUCUGGAACUAUGCCUAACUUCUGCAGUGAUCACUGUCCGUCUUUUUGUAAACAUAAAAUCCACGGUGCCAAACCUACAAAAAUACAAGAGGAGAGUAUGGAAAUACAAGGGCGUCAACUGGGAUGACCAUCGACAGUUACUAUUUCAAACUAACUGGGCUGAGAUAGCUGUAACUGAUAACGUUGACGACUUGUGUUCCUCAGUAUCAAACCUCAUAAUGCUGCUAAAACACACAUUCCUAAUGACUAUGUCAUAAUAAACCCGAAAGACAAACCUUGGGUAACCACCGAGAUUAAGAACGAAAUAAAACUACGAAGUAAACUAUACAAAAGCAAAAGGCGUUAUAUGCACCGCAUGAUCACUUUUCAAAAGCAGAUAAAUGAUCCUUUAAGACGUAUCCACCAAGAUAUAUUACCGCCCCCAUCUCAUCAGCACGGUGCCUGUUCAAUCAGAUUUUCGAAUCACCUAACAACAUACACAUGCAGAAAACAUCAACUUUCAGUAAAUCUUUUUAUUCCCAAGCUGUCCGCGAUUGAAUCGCUUUACUAAAACCUACAAAAAGUAUAGAAGAUAAUAAUCAGUUCAAAUCUGCACUAUGCAUGAUGCUUAACAAGCUAAUACAAGCUCCCCGUGGUACUAUGUGGGAGACCGUACUUCUAAUAUUAUUCUGUGUGGCUUAAGAAACGAUUGCAGCUCGCUAAGCGACGACCUCUACAAUAACUAUUUCUGACAAUGUCAAAGAUGUCAAUGUGGCAAUUCUCAUGAAACAGCCGCUCAUUUCCUCUUAGAAUGUAGCAGACACACUGUACCGAGACAAGCCAUGUUAACACUCAUACAUUCUGAAAAUGUACUUACAUUUUUCAUUAGCAGUUUCAUUAGCAGAUUAGAGCCAAAUAUUUUUCAGUGUGUAUAUGUACAAGUGUGAGAAUUUGAGAAUAUAUAUAUAAUUGUCGAGCAGAUAAAUAUAUAUGUAUAUAUGUAUGUGAGUGCGUUUAUAUGUGUAUAGGAUUCAUUCUAAAUUCAAUAUAGUUUUAUGUUAAUUAUUUGAUCAGUCAUAAGUGUAAUUUUCCAUUAUAUCAUUCCAAUGUUUUCAUUGUUUUACACAUUCACAUGUCUGCAAUCUAAGUGUUGUAUAUUUGUUCGUAUCAUGCGUAUAUUAAUUCAUGAAGAUCAGAAGAGAUUUGGACCUGGGUAUUGAAUUGGGGAAUAUUGCGCAUAGGCUUAAAUAUAACCGAAGAGAAAACUAAAAAUGCUCGGAUCGAAUUUAUUACAGGGUUUCAAAUAAAACUUAUACCAAGUGGCGCAACUUGGCUGGGCUACUGACUGUACAUUUC